UGCGGGGCACCGUAGCGGCUUUAACCUGGGAGAAGCGGGCUGAGCUGGGCUGGGCGCUGGGUCCCAGUUGAGCUUUGGAGACCCCGAUGGCUGCGGUGUUUUUAGUAACGCUCUAUGAGUACUCCCCGCUUUUCUACAUCGCGGUGGUCUUUACCUGCUUCGUCGUGACCACCGGCCUGGUACUGGGAUGGUUUGGUUGGGAUGUUCCAGUAAUUCUGAGAAAUUCUGAAGAGACCCAGUUCAAAACAAGAGUUUUCAAAAAGCAAAUGAGACAAGUCAAGAAUCCUUUUGGCUUAGAGAUCGCUAAUCCAUCUUCAGCUUCGAUUUCAACUGGCAUAACUUUGACAACAGAUUGCCUUGAAGAUAGCCUUCUCACAUGCUACUGGGGGUGCAGUGUUCAAAAAUUGUACGAGGCUCUGCAGAAGCACGUUUAUUGCUUCCGAAUAAGCACUCCCCAAACACUGGAAGAUGCUUUGUAUAGCGAAUAUCUCCAUCGAGAACAGUAUUUUAUUAAAAAGGACAGCAAAGAAGAAAUAUAUUGCCAGUUACCAAAAGAUACUAACAUUGAAGACUUUGGGACAGUGCCCAGAUCUCGCUAUCCAUUGGUAGCACUGUUGACCCUAGCUGAUGAGGAUGACCGAGAAAUUUAUGAUAUUAUUUCCAUGGUGUCAGUAAUUCAUAUUCCUGAUAAAACUUAUAAACUGUCCUGUAGAAUAUUAUGUCAAUAUUUACUCCCGACUCAAGGUCAAUUUCAUGAUCUUAAGCAACUUUUCAUGUCUGCAAAUAAUAAUGCCACUCCUUCGAGCAAUUCCUCUCCAGAAGGUGAAAGCACAGACCGAAGCUUGUUGGAAAAGGCUGGACUCUCCGAAAGCGAAGUAGAGCCUCCGGAGGAGAGUAGCAAGGACUGCGUUGUUUGCCAGAACGGGACCGUGAACUGGGUGCUCCUGCCCUGCAGACACACGUGCUUGUGCGAUGGCUGUGUGAGGUAUUUUCAUCGGUGCCCGAUGUGCAGGCAGUUUGUUCAGGAAUCGUUUGCACUUCGCAGUCAAAAGGAGCAAGAUAAAGACAAACUGAAAACUCUUUGAUGAUGUUGUUACAACUGAAGAGUACAAUUACCACUCAAGAUGAAGAAAUUUGUGUUCUUGGAGUUAAUCAUAACAUGGAAUGUACGGUGUUACCUGUCAAUGACAAUUCUAUUUCAACUUCAUAUUUGUACGGUACCUGGAUGAUGAAACUUAAUUAUUCCUUCCUGUUCCAUAUGGUAAAUGCUGGAAUACCAUCUGUGUUAUACAUAAAAAUGCAUUCAGCUCUUGAGAAGAAA